UAAUAUUCUGCAAUCCCACAUCUCAUCACGCUAGCCAACGCCAACGAACCUCAGCUACGGUGAGAUCCUAGACAUCGUUCUAGUGGUGUUGAUGCGUGUGAGAUGGAUGACAUAAGGCCAGUAUCCCGCCCUAGACUAUAGUUAGCUUUCUCUUCUUUUUACCGUCAGAUUUCGUUGUUUGUAUCAAACGACGAUCUCAAUUUUCAUCCUGUAUAGGACACGCCAGCCACGAUGGGUCUAUUCGAUCUCCCUCCCGGCACCGACCCCGACACCUAUCCGGCUUCGCACAACCCGGACGGGACUCCAGGAGAUUUCAACAGUCCCGUUAAUAGCGCAAAACUGUUCUAUAUAGUCGGCCCAAUUAGCCUGGUGCUGGCCGUCGUUGCUUCAUUUCUCAAGAUCUAUAUCCGCGCCUUUGUGCACAAGAAAUUCGGUAUCGAUGAUGGGCUUACUCUCAUCGCCCUGGCGUUGCAAUGCGUGCAGGUCGGCUGGGUUAUAGACGAAAUGAAGCACGGCGCCGUUAGACACAUGUGGGAUAUGUCAUGGACCAAGUUUCUCAAAGUCCUCAGGUUCCAGGACGUUAACGGGGCGAUUCAAGCAUUCGCGUUCAUGGUUGCGAAGUUGUCUAUCGUUUUUCUCUUUUACCGUAUCUUCUCCCCGAAAACUUUCUACAAAUGGGCAAUCAUUGUCUGCGGUAUAAUUGUCUUCGUCGGUUACGCAACAUUGGCCAUUGCGUCGCUCUGCGUUCCUCUCGAAGAUGGGCCAACGGUUCUUUUCAGGGUGAGCGAGACUAUCGGUGCCGUGGGCUUGGUUACAGAUGUCUAUCUCGCAGUUUUGCCUAUCGCAGCUAUUAUGUCUCUAAAUCUGCCCCGAAGGAGGAAGAUUGGUGUUGCUGCUAUAUUUGGUGCUGGAUUUCUGGGUAUUGCCAUGGCUGCACUUUCUGCUUACUAUCGCAUAUCCCCAUCUGAAACCAACAACACCACGGACGACACCUACACCUUCACGAAGCGGAUUACUGUUCAGGUGGUCGAGCUCGACAUAGCUAUCAUCAUCGGAUGUGUACCCAUCUUCCCGGGUCUCCUCCGAGAAACUAUUGUCACCACCUGGAUUAGCAGAACUUUCGGUUCUAUGACUCGACUCGUCAAGAGUCGAGGCUCCGUGACCAGCCACUCGGAGAGCUACUACAACCUGUCUGGUCAUCAUCAUCCAAGCUCGUCCAAAUCUGCUGUCCCAAUUCCGCUUGAGCAAGUGCAUACAGACGAAAGAAAGACAUAUGCAGUGCGGUCAUGGGCAGACACUCGAUCCGAAUCGCCAGUUUGAAUACGGAAAGAUUGCUUAAACUAGGUAUCGUCUAGAGGAGUGGAAACGCUCAUAAGUUUUCUUCGGGCAAUCCCUUUCGGCGAGACGGAUAAUGACGACAAACAAUAAUAAGAUUGGGAAUAAUGGAUGUGUACUUGUAAAAUCGAGAAAUGUUAUUAUAUGAUAUUGGACGGGUCAAUAGCGUCGGAACCAGAUAUAACUAUUUAUAGCCGUUCUAUUAUAUGUAGAUCUUGAGAGUGAAUAAUGGAAUACGACCGCUAAAAAAACUAAUUUUACAAAUCCAAUCGCUAAAUGCCC